AUGGUAGGCGUUGUUGCUGCCGAGUCUGAGGCUCGUAGUCCUCCUCCUCGCAAACGUAUCCGCCCACUCUCUUCUCACCCAUCCGACGACGCCGAACGUCAGAAAUCAAGCAGCCCCCGUCUUUUUGCACCCUUCCGGGCCCUUGGUCUCGUCACAAACCACGUUCCAUUUGCUCUUCAGACACGUUCAUUCAAAGGAUCCACAGACGGGCCUCGUAUCCAUCUCCUAACAUGCAUUGGAAGGUCAUGGGUGUUAUGGGAAGGUGGGAAGAUGGGAUUGUUAUUUGUUGGUCCUGAUACCGCUGAGCCAAUAUCAGCUAUGGCCAUGGAUGGGGAUGCCGUUUGGGCCGCUGCCGGACCCCGCGUGCUGAAGUAUGUCCGAGGCAAAGAGAUAUUACGGUUAAACAAUCCGCUGGGAGCCCACAUAGCGUCUAUCCUCGUGUUUGGAUCACAACUACUGGCUUUGACGGAAGACGGAGGGCGCUUGCUAAUGUGGGAUACCUCAAAAGAGGAAUUCCAAACACAAAUUCAAUUUGAGGCAGGCUUCGUUGCAACUCAUAUGAUGCAUCCUGCCACAUAUUUAAACAAAAUCAUUGUAGCGAGCAGCAACGGUAGUUUGCAGAUGUGGAAUAUACGGACUCAAACAUGUAUCCAUAAGUUUCUACAUAACAAUCUUUUAGCUUCCUCCACAUCGAAUGCAGCAACGGCCAUCACGGCUCUCGCACAGUCUCCUGCAAUCGACGUUGUUGGUAUCGGUUUUACCUCCGGCGAAAUUUCGAUAUACGACAUUCGUGCCAAUGAGGGGUUUAUGCGAAUUUUCAUGCGAGAGGGCGGUAUUAGGGCUUUGAGUUUUAGGACUGACGGGCACCCUGUGCUGGCCUCGGCAUCAGAAACCGGGCACAUAUCCCUUUGGGAUCUCAGCGCAAAAGGCCGCCUUCUGCAUACUGUGCGAGGUGCACAUGAUGGCGGGAUCACUGCGUUGGAGUGGGUACCUGGCCAGCCAGUACUUGUCAGCUCGGGAGAAGACAACAGCGUGAAGCAAUGGCUUUUUGACUCACCGACAUCUGCUCCUCGGUUGCUCAAAUAUCGAUCUGGCCAUAAUGCCCCUCCGCACCUUAUUCGGUUUUACGGAGAGGAUGGUAAACAGUUGUUGACUGCCUCAAGGGAUCGUAGUCUUCGAUGUACCUCCCUUGUUCGAGACUCGCGAUCAUUCGAAUUAUCCCAAGGCUCGUUGACGAAAAAGGCAUCCACACUAUCUGUACCCGUCGCUUCCUUGAAGCUCCCCCUUAUCACCUCUUUAUCUUAUUCCACGACUAGAUGGAAGGACUGGGACGAUAUCAUGACAGCACAUACAGGAGAAACCUUUGCCAGAACGUGGAGUAUGCUGCACAAGAAAAAAGGAAACCAUGCUCUUGGGCUUGGGAGUACUGAAAAGGGCAAGCCAGUUGGCUCUGUCAAGGCUGUAUGCGUAUCUGCGUGUGGCAAUUUCGGCAUUGCGAGUUCUUCUACAGGUGCUAUCACUAUGUGGAAUAUGCAGUCUGGCAUGCAGCGUAAAGUAUUUAGCAUCGGACCAUAUCCUGACGAAAGGAGCAUCACUGGUCUUGCCACCGAUGCACUGAAUCGUAUUCUGAUUGCGAGUACGCUGGACGGAACUAUCAACUUUUUUGAUUUCCAUACCACGGCUCUAGAAAAAACGUUGGUCCUACCAAGCGCUGCUGUAUCUAUUACUUUGCACAGGGACAGCGGUCUGCUCGCUGUCAUAUGUGAUGACUUGGCAGUUCGACUCGUCGAUAUUGAAACUCGUAGAAUAGUUCGAGAGUUUGGUGGAUUUGGUGGACGCGUGUUGGACAUGACGUUCUCCCCCGACUCAAGAUGGGUUAUCACCACAUCGUUGGACUCUAUCAUCCGGACGUUUGACAUACCGACUGGGCACCUCAUCGAUGCCUUCCGAACAUCCAGUGUGGCAACAAGCGUGUCAUUUUCACCUGCUAGUGAUUUCUUGGCCACAGCCCAUGUGGACAGCGUUGGCGUGUUUCUGUGGGCGAAUCGCGCGCAGUACUCGGAUUUCUCAUUCCACAACAUCACCGAAGAGGACACUGCAGAUAUUGCUCUUCCAACGAUGCAGGCAUCUACUGACGACAAUGACACGCUGGAGUUGUUGUCUGCACUCACGGUGGAAGACCAGCAUCAAACCCACUUCACUACACCUCAAGACCUCGAUGGUGAUCUCGUUACCCUCACGCUUCUGCCCCGUUCGCGAUGGCAAUCAUUGUUGAAUCUGGAAGUUAUUCAGCAACGUAACAAACCAAAAGAGCCACCGAAGCCCCCAGAACAGGCUCCCUUUUUUCUGCCGACCCUCCCAGGCAUCGAACACAGAUUCGAGAUACAGCAGAAGGAUACAAAGGCUGACCAACGUACUCGAAGGCUCGAGAAGGCCACAGCAGAAUCCGAGAGCGUCUUCUUCAAGCGACUCUCGGAAGCUGACAAGGACAGCGAUUACGACGCUUUUUUCAGCUAUGCAAAAUCACUUUCUGCAGCAGCCGUGGAUCUCGAACUUCGAUCUCUUGUUUCCCUCGACUCACUACAGGCAUUCCUCCAUGCACUCAGCCAACGGCUGCGUUCGCAUCGUGAUUUCGAAGCUGUGCAGACGUACCUGAACGUUUUCCUGCGUAUGCAUGGAGAUGUCAUGGUCGCCAAUGUUACAUUACGAGCUGAAUUGCAGAAGCUGUUGGGGAUACAGAAGCGGGAGAGCGGCCGCGUUCUAGAGCUGAUUGCGGCGUCACUGGGCACACUAGCAUUUGUUAGAGAUACGUUGUAG